GAGUGUGUUUGAGGCCAGACUGCAGCGAAGGAGCAGAGAGACGCACUGACUCCAUAAAUACGGGUGGAUGGAAAGAGCCCAAUGCAUUGGAGAAACUGAACUGCGGUGCAGAGAUCGGCGCACUAUAAACUCAAGAAGAUAAUAAGAGGUGCUUGCAUGAGAUAAGGGGUAAUGACGAGUAGAAUAACGAGUUUUAUUGAAGAGUUGAGAGUAUUUUCCAAAAUGGCACGGAUUUGCUUCCAUGCAAAUGCUCAUUUUGCAAAGAUGACAUAGCACUUAAGAAAAUGGGAUUCCUCCUGGAACAAGACUCCCUAACGACCUGAAUGAAAAGAGAAAGGGAUUCUAUUCAAAUCGGAGCUGUUUCUUCUUCUUUUACUUGACAAGCCUCGGUUGUAAGGCAACACAGAGUGAAAUAUGAAUCUGGGAAAUGCACUUCUGUUUUUCCUCCUUUCAAAUUGUGUGACAAUGACUCUGUCGCUUUCCACGUGCACCACUGUGGACAUCGACCACAUAAAGAAAAAGAGAGUCGAGGCGGUCCGGGGACAGAUUCUCAGUAAACUGCGACUGACCAGUCCGCCUCAAACAACAGGUCCAAGUCAAGUACCGUUUCAGGUCCUGGCCCUUUAUAACAGCACCAAGGAGCUCAUUGAGGAGCUGGGAAGAGACCGGCACCAGAGCUGUGGACAGGAUAACACGGAGACUGAGUACUACGCCAAAGAGAUUUACAAGUUCAACAUGAUCAAUGGUCCGCCAGAAAACAAUGACCUCCCCCACUGCCUGAAGGGGAUCACCUCCAAGGUAUUCCGCUUCAACGUCUCCACCAUGGAGAAGAACUCCUCCAACUUGUUCCGGGCCGAGUUUCGAGCCCUGCGGAUCCCCAACUCCGGAGCCAAGAGAAACGAGCAGAGGAUUGAGCUCUACCAGAUCCUCCAGAAAGACGACCCCAAAGCCAAGCAGCGCUACAUUGGGGGCAAGAAUGUCCUGACCAAGGGAACUCCUGAGUGGGUCUCCUUUGAUGUUACAGAGACCGUGAGAGAGUGGCUGAUGUACAGACAAACCAAUCUUGGCCUGGAGAUCAGCGUACACUGUCCCUGCCACACUUUCAGGCCCAAUGGGGACAUUAUUGAGAAUGCCAAUGAGGUGCUGGAGGUCAAGUUCAAAGGUAUGGAAGCAGACUAUGAAGACCUGAGCCGUGUGAAAAAGCAGAAGGAGCAGCUCUACCCACAUCUCAUCCUCAUGAUGCUCCCUCCCCACAGGCUGGAUGCCCAAUCCUCCUCCCGCAGGCGUAAGCGGGCACUUGACACCAAUUACUGCUUCAACAAUUAUGAGGAGAACUGCUGUGUACGACCACUAUAUAUUAAUUUCCGGCAGGACUUGGGCUGGAGGUGGAUCCAUCAGCCUGAAGGGUACUACGCUAACUUCUGCUCUGGUCCCUGUCCUUAUCUACGCAGCGCGGACACCACCCACAGCUCGCUGCUGAGCCUGUACAACACCUUGAACCCCGAAGCAUCGGCCUCACCCUGCUGCGUUCCUCAGGACUUGGAGCCCCUCACCAUCCUCUACUACGUGGGUCGCUCCCCUAAAGUCGAGCAGCUCUCCAACAUGGUUGUUAAGUCCUGCAAGUGCAGCUAAACUUCAGGGCUUUAGGGAUGUGAGACGUGACGGCUCCCAGCACUACUCAGGAGAAGGGUCUGAGGGGUUGAGGGGGCGCGGUACACUUUGCCCCACAAAAGUACCUCCAACCCCUGCUUCCGCCUUGCCGGAGCUCUCUCUCUCUCUCUCUUACGAAAAAACAAAAGAUGCAGUCCACCACUCUGCUCACAAUCAUUGGCAGCAUUUACCAAGAAGACUUGUCAAAGACCACUUCACUAACGGCACUCUCAAACCCAUCAGACCUCUUCUCUUAUCAAUCGCCUUUUGACAUCAGUGUUUCUCUUUUUUUAAAUAUAUAUUCCAGCAUUUUGAACAGCCUGUACCUCAGUGUUACAGCACAGGAAGAACAGAACAAUAAUUGCCUUUCAAUGACCACUGCAUUCUUAAGGACAUAUAAUAAUUGCAGUCAAAAAGAGAAAAUGACUGAGAAUGCAGACUGAAUGCAUAAUAGGAAUACGUCAAAGAGGGUGAAACUAAAGUGAUUGUUUGUUGUGAGCAAACAAAUCCUUGGGCUCUGACGCACAGGACACCUUUGAAAGUCCGAGCUGGAAACUGACGCUGUGCAGCUCCCUACACUGUUUAGGAUUAAAAUGCUGUUGAAUUAAAAUCACCUGAGAAAAAAUAAUGAAAACAUGCUGGAAACCAACCAUUAAUUCAAAGUUAUAUUUCCAUGGUUAUGUUUACCUCUGUAAUACAACAGGAUGGAAAUUCCAGGGAUCGUUUUUGUUUUUAAGUAGAGCCUUUCUGUUGUAUGAGACGACGUAUGUCACUAAGUGAACACUUAACUAGAUCACAAACUGUAAAUGUCUUUCCUAAUACUCUUGGAAACACCUUUUUUUUAAUUAAAAUGGACAGUUGGAUAGAAUUGUUCUAAUUCCAUUAUUGUUGGAUGUCUUACUGUUUUUGUUUAGUAUUUUAGAGCACUUUAUUUCAAUAAGGUAAUAGGGUCAAUUCUGAUGAUAAAAGUGAAGAAAUCAAAGUCC